CUGUGCUUGGCCCUCCUAUGUUGAACAUAAUAAACAGCGCUCUAUCCACUGGAUGUGUACCAAACUCACUAAAAGUGGCAGUAAUAAAGCCUCUUGAAAAAAACAAACCUUGACCCAGAAAAUAUUUAAAAAAUAUCGGCCUAGAUCAAAUCUUCCAUUCCUCUCAACAUUUUUAGAAAAAGCUGUUGUGCAGCAAGUCACUGCCUUCCUGAAGACAAACAAUGUAUACGAAAUGCUUCAGUCUGGUUUGAGACCCCAUUAUAGCACUGAGACUCCACUUGUGAAGGUGGUAAAUUACCUUUUAUUGGCAUCAGACCGAGGCUCUGCAUCUGUCCUCGUGCUCCUAGACCUUAGUGCUGCUUUUGAUACCAUCGAUCACCACGUUCUUUUGGAGAGAUUGGAAACCCAAAUUGGUCUACACGGAGAAGUUCUGGCCUGAUUUAGAUCUUAUCUGUAGGAAAGCUAUCAGUUUGUCUCUGUGAAUGGUUUGUCCGCUGACAAAUCAACUGUAAAUUUCGGUGUUCCUCAAGGUGCCGUUUUAGGACCACUAUUGUUUUCACUAUAUAUUUUACCUCUUGGAUGUCAUUCAAAAACAUAACGUUAACUUUCACUGCUAUGCAGAUGACAAACAGCUGUACAUUUCAAUGAAACAUGGUGAUGCCCCAAAAUUGCCCUCGCUAGAAGUCUGUGUUUCAGACAUAAGGAAGUGGAUGGCUGCAAACUUUCUACUUUAAUUUAGUAUUUUUGUAUUUUAUUUAUUUCACCUUUAUGUAACCAGGUAGGCAAGUUGAGAACAAGUUCUCAUUUACAAUUGCGACCAUGCCAAGAUAAAGCAAAGCAGUUUGACACAUUCAACGACAGAGUUACACAUGGAGUAAAACAAACAUACAGUCAAUAAUACAGUAUAAACAAGUCUAUAUACGAUGUGAGCAAAUGAGGUGAGAUAAGGGAGGUAAAGGAAAAAAAGACCAGGGUGGCAAAGUAAAUACAAUAUAGCAAGUAAAACACUGGAAUGGUAGAUUUGCAGUGGAAGAAUGUGCAAAGUACAAAUAAAAAUAAUGGGGUGCGAAGGAGCUAAAUAAAUAAAUAAAUAAAAUAAAUACUGUAGGGAAAGAGGUAGUUGUUUGGGCUAAAUUAUAGGUGGGCUAUGUACAGGUGCAGUAAUCUGUGAGCUGCUCUGACAGUUGGUGCUUAAAGCUGGUGAGGGAGAUGUGUUUCCAGUUUCAGAGAUUUUUGUAGUUCGUUCCAGUCAUUGGCAGCAGAGAACUGGAAUGAGAGGCGGCCAAAGAAAGAAUUGGUUUUGGGGGUGACCAGAGAGAUAUACCUGCUGGAGUGCAUGCUACAGGUGGGUGAUGAUAUGGUGACCAGCGAGCUGAAAUAAGGGGGGACUUUACCUAGCAGGGUCUUGCAGAUGACAUGGAGCCAGUAGGUUUGGCGACGAGUAUGAAGCAAUGGCCAGCCAACGAGAGUGUACAGGUCGCAAUGGUGGGUAGUAUAUGGGGCUUUGGUGACAACUGUUUUCGCUGUGAUAGACUGCAUCCAAUUUGUUGAGUAGGGUAUUGGAGGCUAUUUUGUAAAUGACAUCGCCGAAGUCGAGUAUUGGUAGGAUAGUCAGUUUUACAAGGGUAUGUUUGGCAUCAUGAGUGAAGGAUGCUCUGUUGCGAAAUAGGAUGCCAAUUCUAGAUUUAACUUUGGAUUGGAGAUGUUUGUUGUGGGUCUGGAAGGAGAGUUUAGUCUAACCAGACACCUAGGCAUUUGUAGUUGUCCACGUAUUCUAAGUUGGAGCCGUCCAGAGUAGUGAUGUUGGACAGGCGGGCAGCUGCAGGCACCGAUCGGUUGAAGAGCAUGCAUUUAGUUUUACUUGCAUUUAAGAGCAAUUGGAUGCCAUGGAAGGAGAGUUGUAUGGCAUUGAAGCUUGCCUGGAGGGUUGUUAACAGUGUCCAAAGAAGGGCAAGAAGUAUACAGAAUGGUGUCGUCUGCGUAGAGGUGGAUCAAAGACUCACCAGCAGCAAGAGCGACAACAUUGAUGUAUACAGAGAAGAGAGUCGGUCCAAGAAUUGAACCCUGUGGCACCCCCAUAGAGACUGCCAGAGGUCCGGACAGCAGCCCCUCCGAUUUGACACACUGAACUCUAUCAGAGAAGUAGUUGGUGAACCAGGCGAGGCAAUCAUUUGAGAAACCAAGGCUGUCGAGUCUGCCGAUAAGGAUGUGGUGAUUGACGGAGUCGAAAGCCUUGGCCAGAUCAAUGACUACGGCUGCACAGUAAUGUUUCUUAUCGAUGGCGGUUAAGAUAUCGUUUAGGACCUUGAGUGUGGCUGAGGUGCACCCAUGACCAGCUCUGAAACCAGAUUGCAUAGCAGAGAAGGUAUGGUGAAAUUCAAAAUGGUUGGUAAUCUGUUUGUUGACUUGGCUUUUCGAAGACCUUAGAAAGGCCGGGUAGGAUAGAUAUAGGUCUGUAGCAGUUUGUGUCAAGAGUGUCUCCCCCUUUGAAGAGGGGGAUGACUGCAGCUGCUUUCCAAUCUUUGGGAAUCUCAGAUGACACGAAAGAGGUUGAACAGGUUAGUAAUAGGGGUGGCAACAAUUUUGGCAGAUAAUUUUAGAAAGAAAGGGUCCAGAUUGUCAAGCCCGGCUGAUUUGUAGGGGUCCAAAUUUUGCAGCUCUUUCAGAACAUCAGCUGACUGGAUUUGGGAGAAGGAGAAAUGGGGAAGGCUUGGGCGAGUUGCUGUGGGGGGUGCAGUGCUGUUGACCGGGGUAGGGGUAGCCAGGUGGAAAGCAAGGCCAGCCAUAGAAAAAUGCUUAUUGAAAUGUUCAAUUAUAGUGGAUUUUCCGGUGCUGGCAGUGUUUCCUAUCUUCAGUGCAGUGGGCAGCUGGGAGGUGGUGUUCUUAUUCUCCAUGGACUUAACAGUGUCCCAGGACUUUGAGUUAAUGUUGCAGGAAACAAAUUUCUGCUUGAAAAAGCUAGCCUUGGCUUUUCUAACUGCCUGUGUAUAAUGGUUUCUAGCUUCCCUGAACAGCUGCAUAUCACGGGGGCUGUUCGAUGCUAAUGCAGAACGCCAUAGGUCUGGGAAGAACCAAGGGCUAUAUCUGUUCCUGGUUCUAAAUUUCUUGAAUGGGGCAUGCUUAUUUAAGAUGGUUAGGAAGGCAUUUAAAAAAAUAUCAUCUAUCAGGCAUCUGGCAGUUCUAUCUUGUCUGAAAAUGUUGUAGUUUGGGAUGAACAUUUCUGAAUUUAUGGUGGUCUUCCUAAGCCAGGAUUCAGACACAGCUAGAACAUCCAGGUUGGCAGAGUGUGCUAAAGCAGUGAAUAAAACAAACUUAGGGAGGAGGCUUUAAAUGUUAACAUGCAUGAAACCAAGGCUAUUACAGUUACAUAACUCAUCAAAAGAGAGCGCCUGGGGAAUAGGAGUGGAGCUCGGCACUGCAGGGCCUGGAUUCACCUCUACAUCGCCAGAGGAACAGAGGAGGAGUAGGAUAAGGGUACGGCUAAAAGCAAUAAGAAUUGGUCGUCUAGAACAUCUGGAACAGAGAGUAAAGGAGGUUUCUGGGGGCGAUAAAAUAGCUUCAAGGUAUAAUGUACAGACAAAGGUAUGGUAGGAUGUGAAUACAGUGGAGGUAAACCAAGGUAUUGAGUGAUGAUGAGAGAUAUUGUCUCUAGAAACAUCAUUGAAACCAGGUAAUGUCAUCGCAUGUGUGGGUGGUGGAACUAAUAGGUUGGAUAAGGUAUAGUGAGCAGGACUAGAGGCUCUACAGUGAAAUAAGCCAAUAAACACUAACCAGAACAACAAUGGACAAGGCAUAUUGACAUUAAGGAGAGGCAUGCUUAGUCGAGUGAUCAAAAGGGUCCAGUGAGUAGUGGGGUUGGUUGGGGUCACGGCGAUUCAGACAGCUACCCGGGCCAUCGGUAGCAAGCUAGCAUAGGAUGGAGGUCUGUUUUUAGCCACCCUGUGCGUUUCCAUCGGUAGGAUUAGUGGGGUUCCGUGUGGUAGAGGGGAUCAAUCCAAUUCGCAAAAAAAAAAAAUCGAUCUAUUUAGAGGCCCAAGAAAAAAUAAAUGAAAAUAAUAAUAAAUAAAUUGUCCGAUAGGUCUAUUCAGAUAGCAGCCGAUAAGACAGCUAACGAUUAGCGGACCGCAGAUGGGCGUUCAGGUAACGACGCGACAGAGGAGCCAGUCGGAUAACUCCCUCUGGUUGAUAACGUCGGUAGUCCAGUUGUGAAGGCCCGGUGGGGCUCCCAUCGCUGGCAGUAAAACGGGUCCGGAUAGGUGAUUGUAGCCCAGGAGUGACUGAUGGAACUCUUCAGCUGGCUAGCUCCGGAAUAAUUUAUGUUUGCUCCGGAAUCGAUGUAAGCCAAUAGUCACAUGGAUAGCAGCUCGCUAGCUGCAAGAUCCAGGUAUAAAUGUCCAGAGUUAGCGGUUGAAAUCCGGGGACAUGGAGAGAAAAAUAGGUCCGGUAUGUUCCGGUUCGAGCCGCGCCGUACAAAACUGGCGAUAGAUUUUCGAGCUAAAGGAUAGCUGAUGACCACAAACUGUGGUUCGCUGAAUACUAACGAUUAGCCAGUAAAGAAGCUAACUAGCUUCUGGAUUAGCUUCUGGAUUAGCUUCUGGCUAGCUUCUGGCUAGCUUCUGGCUAGCUUCUAUGGAGGAUUACAGAUUUGAGGUAAAUAAUACUUUCUUUAAAAAAAUAUAUAAAUUGGUGAGGUGGGUUGCAGGAGAGUGUUUUGAAGAUGAGUUUAUGGAAAAUAAAAAAUAUAUAUAAAAAGUUAUGCGAAAUCUUGGAGCAAGAUUUUAAUCUCGGACAAAACAGAGAUGCUUGUUCUAGGUCCCAAGAAGCAAAGAUCUUCUGUUGAAUUUGACAGUUAAUCUUGAUGGUUGUACAGUCGUGUCAAAUUAAACUGUGAAGGACCUCUGUGUUAAUCUGGACCCUGAUCUUUCUUUUGACGAACAUAUUAAGACUGUUUUAAGGACAGUUUUUUUUCCAUCUACGUAACAUUGAAUUUUGCAAACGUUCUGUCCAAAAAUGAUGCAGAAAAAUGAAUCCAUGCUUUUGGUACUUCUAGGUUAGACUAAUGCAAUGCUCUACUUUCCGGAUACCCGGAUAAAGCACUAAAUAAACUUCAGUUAGUAAUAACUAUGGCUGCUAGAAUCCUGACUAGAACUCCAAAAUUUGAUCAUAUUACUCCAGUGUUAGCCUCACUACACUGGCUUCCUGUUUUGGCAAGGGCUGAUUUCAAGGUUUUACUGCUAACUUACAAAUCAGUACAUGGGCUUGCUUCUACCGAUCUCUCCGAUUUGGUCCUGCCAUACAUACCUACAUGUACGCUACGGUCACAGGACGCAGGCCUCCUAAUUGUCCUUAGAAUUUCUAAGCAAACAGCUGGAGGCAAGACCUUCUCCUAUAGAGCUACAUUUUUAUGGAAUGUUCUGCCUAUCCAUGUGAGAGACGCAGACUCAGUCUCAACCUUUAGGUCUUUAUUGAAGACUCAUCUCUUCAGUAGGUCCUAUGAUUGAGUGUAGUCUGGCCCUUGCUGUCUCUACCUGGCCGGUUCCCCUCUCUCCACUGGGAUUCUCUGCCUCUAACCCUAUUACAAGGGCUGAGUCACUGGCUUACUGGUGGUCUUCCAUGCCGUCCCUUGGAGGGGUGCGUCACUUGAGUGGGUUGAGUCACUGAUGUGAUCUUCCUGUCUGGGUUGGCGCCCCCCAUUGGGUUGUGACGUGGCGGAGAUCGUUGUGGGCUAUACUCGGCCUUGUCUCAGGAUGGUAAGUUGGUGGUUAAAGAUAUCCCUCUAAUGGUGUGGGGGCUGUGCUUUGGCAAAGUGGGUGGGGUUAUAUCCUGCCUGUUUGGCCAUGUCCGGGGGUAUCAUCGGAUUGGGCCACAGUGCUGCAGUAGUUUGUGUCGGGGGGCUAGGGUCAGUCUGUUAUAUCUGGAGUACUUCUCCUGUCUUAUCCUGUGUCCUGUGUGAAUUUUAAGUAUGCCCUCUCUAAUUCUCUCUUUCUUUCUCGGAGGACCUGAGCCCUAGGACCAUGCCUCAGGACUUCCUGGCAUGAUGACUCCUUGCUGUCCCCAGUCCACCUGGCCGUGCUGCUGCUCCAAUUUCAACUGUUCUGCCUGCGGCUAUGGAACCCUGACCUGUUCACCGGAUGUACUACCUGUCCCAGACCUGUUGUUUUCAACUCUCUAGUGACAGUAGGAGCGGUAGAGAUACUCUUAAUGAUUGGCUAUGAAAAAGCCAACUGACAUUUACUCCUGAGGUGUUGACUUGCUGCACCCUCGACAACUACUGUGAUUAUUAUUAUUAUUUGACCAUGCUGGUCAUUUAUGAACAUUUGAACAUCUUGGCCAUGUUCUGUUAUAAUCUCCACCCGGCACAGCCCGAAGAGGACUGGCCGCCCCUCCUAGCCUGGUUCCUCUCUAGGGUUCUUCCUACGUUUUGGCCUUUCUAGGAAGUUUUUCCUAGCCACCGUGCUUCUUCACCUGCAUUGCUUGAUGUUUGGGGUUUUAGGCUGGGUUUCUGUACAGCACUUUGAGAUAUCAGCUGAUGCAGUGGAGCCCAGGGCGAGUCAACGAGACGGAGGACGAUUUCUUUGCAUUUUCUCAGCAGAAGGGCAAGGCUGGAGAGAGGACAAAGAUGCCCAAACCGAUCAAUGUGCGGGUCACCACCAUGGAUGCAGAGCUGGAGUUUGCCAUCCAGCCCAACACCACCGGCAAACAGCUCUUUGACCAGGUGGUGAAGACAGUGGGCCUCCGGGAGGUGUGGUUCUUUGGCCUGCAGUACACAGACAGUAAAGGCUACAGCACGUGGCUCAAACUCAACAAGAAGGUGACGCAGCAGGAUGUGAAGAAGGAGAACCCUUUGCAGUUUAAGUUCAGAGCCAAGUUCUUCCCGGAGGAUGUGUCUGAGGAACUCAUCCAGGAGAUCACACAGAGACUCUUCUUCCUGCAGGUAAAGGAGGCCAUCCUGAAUGAUGAGAACUACUGUCCUCCAGAGACAGCCGUGCUGCUGGCCUCCUACUCUGUCCAGGCCAAGUACGCAGACUACAACAGAGAUCUCCACAGGCCUGGCUACCUUACCUCCGACCGCCUGCUGCCACAGAGAGUCUUGGAGCAGCACAAGUUGACUAAGGAGCAGUGGGAGGACAGAAUACAGACCUGGCAUGAGGAACACACAGGCAUGCUCAGAGAGGACUCAGUGAUGGAGUAUCUGAAGAUAGCCCAGGACCUGGAGAUGUAUGGCGUCAACUACUUUGAGAUCAAGAACAAGAAGGGAACAGAGUUGUGGCUGGGUGUGGAUGCACUGGGACUCAAUAUCUACGAACACGAGGACAAGUUGACACCAAAGAUUGGCUUCCCCUGGAGCGAGAUCAGGAACAUCUCCUUCAGCGACAAGAAGUUUGUCAUCAAACCCAUCGACAAGAAAGCUCCAGAUUUUGUGUUCUAUGCCCCGCGGUUGCGGAUCAACAAGCGUAUCCUGGCACUGUGCAUGGGGAACCACGAACUGUACAUGAGGAGGAGGAAGCCUGACACCAUUGAGGUUCAGCAAAUGAAGGCCCAGGCCAGGGAGGAGAAACACCACAAACAGAUGGAAAGAGCCCAGCUAGAGAAUGAGAAGAGAAAACGAGAGCAUGCGGAGAAGGAGAGGGCGAAGAUGGAGAAGGAGAAGGACGAGCUUGUCGAGAGGCUCAGACAGAUUGAGCAACAGACGCUAAAGGCCCAGAAAGAGCUGGAGGAGCAGACACGCAGGGCCCUGGAGUUGGACCAGGAGAGGAAGAGGGCGAAGGAGGAGGCGGAAAGGUUGGAGGGAGAGAGACAGGCAGCAGAGGAGGCCAAGGCAGCGCUGGCUAAACAGUCUGCUGACCAGAUGAAGAACCAGGAACAACUGGCCGCUGAGCUAGGAGAAUUCACUGCCAAAAUCGCUCUGCUUGAAGAGGCCAAGAGGAAGAAGGAAGAGGAGGCGACUGAAUGGCAACACAAAGCCAUCUCAGCCCAGGAAGACCUGGAAAAGACUAAAGAGGAGCUGAAGUCUGUGAUGUCAUCACCCCCGGCGCCGGAGCACGAUGAGCAAGAUGAGACGAACGCAGAGGGCAGUACCGAGCUGCACAGUGACGGGGUCACCAGCCACCGCAGCGAGGAGGAACGUGUCACAGAGGCCCAGAAGAACGAACGCGUCAAGAAACAGCUGCAGGCUCUGAGUUCAGAGUUGGCUCAGGCGAGGGACGACACCAAGAAGACCCAGAAUGACAUGCUACAUGCGGAGAAUGUGAAGGCUGGGAGGGACAAGUACAAAACCCUGCGCCAGAUCCGGCAGGGCAACACCAAGCAGCGCAUUGACGAGUUCGAGUCCAUGUAAGAGUCAGCGCCCUCCCACCCCCGCGUUGCCAUGACAACAGCUCACUUUCUUGGAUAGCCGACCCUGCUCGUUCCCACCCCGUUCCCCCAAAUCCGUACUUGCAAAAAGGCCAGAGGUGUGUGGAUUCAAUGUCCCACCCACGACUCCUUGCCAAAGCUCUGCCCACUUGCGGUUGGCCAAUCAAACCGCUCCAUGCUUAGAGCUCCACCCAACCACAUCUGGAAUCAUCCAAUCUGGAAUGACGAGCAACAUAUCCUGCUGAAAUGAACUUCUCCUUGAGCAAAGGAUAAUUUAACCCUUGCAUGUCUGAUGUAAGAAUGGAUUUUUUAAAAAGUAAUGUAGAGAGAAAUUAGUGAAUAUCUUGCUUUUAUUGAGAGAAUUGCCAUUUGUAGCUUUUAAUGUUGUUGACAAGCAUGUAUGUAAAGCUUUAAAUAUUGUACCUUACUUUUUUUUGUUUGUGAUCAAGUAUUUAAAUGGUUUUCUUAAACUGCC